GCCCACCUCCGCAGAGCCCGACGGCACCGCGCGAGGGACAAACUGGGGAGCGAAGCAAAGCGCGCGGAGGCCCCGCCCCUCGGCUCUGAUGCCGGGCGGAGACCUGCCGGGGCCCGGCAUCUCCGCCGGCACUUCGGCUGCUCCCUGAGAGUCAAGCGCGGCCGGAGUCUCGGUCAUUCCCACAGAUUCUCCCGCGCCACAGGGACGGGGACGGCUCCCAGAGCCGUCCGGGGGCCCCUGCAGCCGCCGCAGGCUUUAAAUGUACGGCUCCCAGGAAGAGAGGGCGGGGCCGAGGGGGCGGGGGCUGGCUGGGGGCGGGGCCGCGAGAGGCUGGCGCGCCGAACAGCAGCCGCAGUGACCUCCAGCCGCGGAGCGGGCGCUGUGCGGCUGCAUUCCCGCGACGGGAUAUCCGAGAGCCCUGGGUCAGCCCGGCCUGGCCGCGGAGCCGGGAAGCCCCCGCUGCGGGCCGGACGAGUGGACCCUGAGCUCUGGAAAACUGGGCGGCGCGGGACACGCGACAACUCCCCGGGGCAAAGAUGGGCAGGGUCCCGGAGGCUGACCGCGGAUGCCGUCGGAGACCGCGAUGACCGGCGUCAGCCCCUGGCCUGGCGGGGGAAGGGAUGGGCUGCGCGAGUUGGCGGCUUUCCCCCUGCAGCUAUGUCCGCGGGCAAUGACACAGGCUGGGGCUCUUCCGUGGGAGAGGAGGCCUGGGCGGGGACGGGGGUCGAGGUGGAGGAGUCUGCGCUUCCCACCUUCUCCACCGCGGCCAAGGUCCGAGUAGGAGUGACCGCUGCCCUGUUCCUGUCAUCGGCCGCGGGGAAUCUGGCGGUGCUGUGGUCCGUGACACGGCCGAGAUCCAGCCGACUCCGCCCCUCCCCGGUCCGCCGACUUUUUGGCCACUUAGCCGCUGCAGACUUGCUGGUCACUUUCGUGGUCAUGCCGCUGGACGCUGCGUGGAAUGCCACCGUCCAGUGGCUCGCCGGAGAUGUGGCGUGCCGAAUACUCAUGUUCCUGAAACUGCUGGCCAUGUACGCGGCUGCUUUUCUGCCUGUGGUCAUUGGACUUGACCGCCAGGCUGCUGUGCUCCAUCCUCUCGGACCCCGAGGGGGUGGGCGGAAGCUGCUGGGGACGGCCUGGGGGCUUAGUUUUCUGCUUGCGCUGCCCCAGCUGUUCCUGUUUCAUACUGUCCGCCGUGCUGGCCCAGUCCCCUUCAUUCAGUGUGUCACCAAAGGAAGCUUCAAGGCCCGAUGGCAAGAAAUCGCCUAUAACCUCUUCACCUUCUGUGGGCUCUUCCUGAUACCUCUGAUAGCCAUGGCCAUCUGCUAUGGCCGGAUUGUAUUCAGUGUGUCCAGACACCGAACAGGGAAAAGGGAGCAUGCCCCUGCUGGUCAGUUCGAUCUUCGCCGUUCCUUUGACAAUCGUCCCCGCGUUCGGCUUCGGGCCCUUCGACUAUCCUUACUUGUCCUGCUGACCUUCGUUAUCUGUUGGACACCUUACUACCUGCUGGGUCUGUGGUACUGGUUCUCUCCCAGCAUGCUAAGCAAUGUCCCUCCCAGUCUCAGCCACAUUCUGUUCCUCUUUGGUCUCCUCAAUGCUCCCCUGGACCCUUUACUCUAUGGGGCCUUCACCCUUGGCUGUAGGAAAGGGCACCAGCAACUUGGUUUAGAUUCUUCCCGGGGGCAAAGGAGUUCUUGGAGAGUCCCUCAAAAAGCAGUCCAGGCACCUAGGCAGCUGGAAGUGAGCACUGAGGUUAGUGGGAAGACAGGAAAAAUGGAGGAGACAUCUCUAUAACUCUUGCUGAGAUCCUUUUUCUUCACUCUAUCCCCAGGCUUCCAACCACAAAAUUUUUAAAAGUUAACUUUUUUUUUU